GUCUCAUAAAAUCUUUAAAUUAAAUCGAUAUCUGUGACUGAGUAUUUGAAGUCUGUGACCCGUGUGAAAAUUUUCGGAUUUAAUAAAAAAUAUAUUACUUUACAUUACAGAAAGAUACUUAAUGGAUUUUUAAGUACAUCUAUGUAUAAGAUGUUAAUAGUUGCGCUUUGAAAGAAUAUUAGUAUAGUAAAGAUGAUGAUAACAAUCCAUGGUUUACCACCAAACGUCAAAUAUCAUGAUCUUAAAGCAGUAAUUAAACAAGAAUGCAAUGUCACCGACUUCAUUUUGGAUAAUCUUCUACCUGAAGGAAAUGGUUUGAAGAAAGUUCGUAUGGGCUUAGCUAAUGAUAGUGAGGGAAACCAUUUAAUAAAAAUUUUGGACGGUUACAAUUUCUCAGGGUAUAUUCUGCAAGUCACGACUAUCGGUAAAUCUGCAAGCAUUCAAAGCGAGCAGCAAAAUGCAUUCCCUGACUACUCAAGAGUGGACCCCUGGAACAACCAAGCGCAGUGGAAUAGUGCUCAGCAACAACAGCAGAAUCAACAUAAUUACCAGCAAAUUAACAGCUAUGCUCCUUCGAAUGUUGGUAAUCAACCUCCCAGGACCCAAUAUGAUCAAAGAAUAUCAAUCCUUGAUAGAAUCGGUCCACCUUCUCAAGGUUUUUCAGUUACUCCAAAAACUUCUCCUCCACACACAGUCUCGCAAGUUUCAAGUCAACCCUCCCGAGGGGGUUACCUUCGGAGUGUAGAAUUAGUUGAUACCUCACAUGUACCACAGAGACAAGACAACUUUGUUGGAACUCACAACAGGCCUACGACAAUAAAUAAAGAUAACUUUCGCGGUAGACAAUACAAUACUCCAACUGAACAAAAUCUGGGACAUUACCAACAGCAAUCGUGGGGUCCACAGGUUCCCAAACAGGAUCUUUUACCCAAAAAUCCGAGAACAGCUUAUGAUACUCCAUCACAGGACAAACGGGCACCGAUAAAAGAUGCUAUAAAGGAUAUGUCUUUCAAAGAAAAGCACCAAUUCCAAGGAAGAGCACUGGAAAUUUCAUCACAGGAACGCAUAGAUUCCACUAGAAGGAACAUUCCUUCGUCUGACAUACACAUGUCUCACCCGAGACGCUUUUCACCACCCGAAAGACGCGUAUCGCCAAAUGCGAGACGCACGUCCCCUGAACGGCCAGGAAGGCCCAGUUCUCCCUCGUACAGACCCGUUAUACCCGACUCGCAGUACAGACCGUUUCAAGAGUCGCAAUCCUACAGAGCCUCUUCGCCCUCAAACCGGCAAAUUGUACAAUCUGGUAGACGUGUGUCUCCCGGAAGGCGGAUGUCACCAACCGCUCAGCGAAUUUCGCCUUUUGGUAGAUCAAUUUCUAUGCAAGGAAGACCAGUUUCUCCUUCGCGGAGGAGAAUAUCGCCUGGAAGAAAGAUGUCACCAACGGGAAGAGGACGUGCAAGACAUGUUUCACCGAUGCGAAAGGAGGCAAUGGAUGAAAGAAACAUUUCGGGGAGACGCGAAGAUAUGAGACGUACUUCACCAAAAAGACCCGUACAAGAGAGGUACUCGCCUGCCAGAAAUUUCAAUGAUACAAGACUUGCAAAACAAGUGAGGCCCGCGUAUGACUCCGCCUUGGAUUCCAAACAAGCUACGUACUCAGGUGGCUUUCGUCAAAAUGAAAAUGUACGAUACGCGAAUAAAGGCCGAGAAGAAAGAGCAGAUCCUUGGACAAACAGAGUCGGUGAACAUAACAAAAGUCAUGCUGAGGAUAGAAGAGAUAUGGGUAGAAUGGCGAAAUUUGAGCUUCCAAGAUCAAUCGAACAUUCUAGAGUGAUGGAAGAUGAGGUGAAACGGUCUUCUUCUAGAAACCGUGAAUCAAGAUCUCCUCGACGCGAACGUUCUCCAAUUCGUGAUCGCUUCAAGCGCCAUUCGCCAUCACCGAGGUCUCCAAGACGAUCAUGGGCGCUGGAAAAGAGACGGAGCCCCGAAGAUGCUGAAGUACCGCCUCCACCGAUUUGGCCAGGACAAGAUCACAGUGCUAUAAAAGAUAUUCGUGAAAAAAGAAAACCCUAUCCUGCUCAGGCACAGGCUAGUCGUGGUCCAACUUGGGAUAUGAAUAAAUACGAACCUACUCUUAAUGAACGCAGGGAAAUUCGUACAACCGCUGAUGAUAGAAGAGUUUUUGAACGUCCAUCGAUACAAGUGCGCAAGGAUUUAGAAAAAUGGAAGCCAAUAGGAAACGAUAGUCCGAAACUUAGUCCGCCUCGUUAUAAACCAGAAGAAAAUGAGAGGGCACUGCGUAGAAGGGACAUUGAAAUCCGUCAUCAAGAUCACCGGAUGCAAGACAAUGAACGAAAGAUACGACCAGAUAGGAAAGAAUUUGAAGAGCCUCGACGUGACGACGAAAGACACUAUAAGUCGGCCUUUACUGAUGCAUCGGAGUUCUCAAAAAUUAAAGAAGAAUUAACACGCCGCAUCGAAAAAAAGUCGGAGAUACUAAAGAAACAAGAGGAACUGCAAAAGGAAAUUGAAGAUGUUUACAAACGCGCUGCAGACUUUACCAAGAAAGCUGAGUACAGAAAGGGUGAUCGAAGACACGAUGGAUAUAAAGAACAGCGUAGUCGGGAUGACCUCGACCCUAAAGAAUUUGACCUUCCCACCUUAACACGCUUGAAAGAAGAACGUCGUGAGAGAUAUUAUGAGCGGGAGGACACGCGGCCAGAGAGCAGAGAUAAAAUAUCAAGACAUGAGGAUUCUAGAGCAGAUGAUGCCAGUGAAAAGAGAAAUAAAGCUUGCGAAUCCAUUACAGAUAAAAUAUUAGAAAAGUUUGGUGGUAUGCUCCCGAAAGAUAUUUUAUUGCGUGUACAAAAAGAAAUGAAAGUAGCAGUUAGAAAAAUUUUAAACAGAAUGUUUGGUGAUGAAGAUGUCUCGUUCAUAGAAAUGAUAAUUAAGUUUAACUCUAAACACUCUACAAAAGAUGAAGAAGACAUAUACGAUAGAGUCUUGGCAAGUUUUUCGUAUCAAUUCAAGAAUAUAAAACGACCAGCAAAAGAUGAACCUUCUGAAAUCGCAGCAAAAAUACCAAAAAUGUCUCCGAUUUCUAAUGUAGAGAAAGAUGUUGAAGCUACUCCGAGUUAUCAACUUCAAAAUUGGCAUUACAACUACGGCACUCAACAAGUAGGCCAAAUACCUACAGCUGCCUUUAUCGCCCCUCAAUAUAUGUUUCCCUAUCCAACAUUCUUCCCAGGUUAUGCCGAAGUGCCCCAAAGUGUUAAAAUGGAAAUUAAGUCAGAGAGCGAAGGAUAUGCGUUAUUUUUGUGUAAAGAUGAUUUCCAACCAAUUAACGGUUAUGAAGCGGAUCUUUUAAAGAAUUACAUUAUCAAUCAAAUUGGUCAGGUAUCACAGAACGGCCAGGGGUGGUCACCUGACUGUACCUUGAAAGGGUUGCAGAGUCCUUUUCGGUAUGAAGUUCUUACCCGCGAUACUGCAUCAAGAGAUUGGCUCUUAGGGGUAGACUUUAGUAAAUUGAUGGGCUUUAAGGUUCUCGUUUACAGUAAGGAAGAAUUAUGGUAUGAGCGUGCUGCUAUUUGGCUGCCGGGUCAUUCGAGAUGUCGUAUAGAGCCGCUGGAAAAGCUUAAAUUGCAGAACAAGUGUCUCAAAAGCAUAAAUAUAGGUACGUGGAAGGUCGUGAAGAAGAUAGUCACUGCGAGAGGUACUCGGAUCUACGUCGACAUGCCCCCGUCCUCAGCACGGGCUUUAGAGAAUCACAAGAUGAUGCUGAGCUAUGAGCUACAAAAAGUGAGCGUCUUUCUCAAAGCCGUGGCUGUAGACAAAGAUGCUUUCGACGCAGGGUUAAAAGAUUGUUCUUUUAACCCUGAUGCUAUCCCGCAAAGUCCAAUGCCAUCUCUUCCCAAUAGCCCAAAUGCAAUCAAGUUCUGCGAGACGGGAGAUAAGCCAGUGUCUCUUACAAUUGCUCGCAAAAUUAAAGACUCUAUUGUAUACCAUCUCUUCAAAUAUCUCCAAAGCGGAGGAUCCAGUCGAACAGAUUUCGUCAAGCACGGGUUUACCGUUGCAGGUUAUUUUGGAGUCGUACCUGAAAAUGAUGAGUCUAAACUAUGGCUCACUUCCGUUGAGUUUCGCCAUAUCAAUAAUCAACCCAUAACCGUGGUCGGUGCUGACGAUUAUCACUCUCGUUCUAUUAAAAUGUUUAUUGUAUUACCUGGAGAACAGUUGUGCAAUUCAGCUUUAGUGUUAGAAAGGUUACGAGUCAGCAAUCAGGGUGUUAAAGGUAUUAAUUUCAAUAAAUGGCAAUACCGGAAGAUGGAAUAUCAGAAGGCUGCCCGUCAGUCGACUUAUGAGUUUGAAAUGGAUUUAGACUCUAUUGAAAGGAUAGAGCAUUUGAAAUUCCAGCUGGAUUAUGUUGUUAAUGGGGUCGAAAAGGUAGUUUAUGUAAAGUCUCAAUAUCCAGAAUCUAAGUUGAGGGAAAUUAUCCAAAAAUACAAGGACGAGAAUAGUGAUAAGUAUGACGUAGCUAACAUGGAAUUGUCUUCGGGUUCGGAAUCGGGGAGUGAUGAAGUUGUGUGCUUAGACUAGAAUUAUCUUAUUACAUUAUGUAUUAGUUUUAACCUUGUGUUGUGAAGCGAAUAAUAUGGUAUGGUAGGUAGAGGUAACGUAUCGUUUUAUUUAAGUUCUGUUAAACUUUACGAAUAUAUUUUAUGGACAUCA